AUGGCCCUAGCCUCGGUCUACGUCGAUGCUAAAACAAGUGUUUUCUGGGACGUGGAAGAUUUCCCUAUCCCUUUUGGUGACUCUUAUCAUGAGACUAUCAGAUCAGCUCUUGAGAAAAAUGGUUAUGUUGGUGAGGUCUCAAUCCUGGCUUAUGGUGAUAAAAAACCAGAUAAUAAUCUGGAUGAUGGAAUCACCUUCAUACGCAAAAGCGAUAAACAUGUGAGGCUUAAUAGGAUGUUAUUUGACAUUCGUGUUUGGGCAAACCAAAGAUUUUUUAAAAGUCCUUACUAUAAUUUGUUGCUAAUCGCAAAAAACAUCACGCAAACAACACAGAUCGAACGUGUUCUUAGAGAAGCGUGUGUCGGGAGGGAAAUCAAUGUUCUCGUUGUACUGCCUGAUGAUGUCCAAGAAGCCGAAGCUCCUCCGGCACACUCAGUGUGGUCUUCUUGGAAAAGUCUUAUAGAUGGAGAAAAGCCUAUUGAUCCCCAGCCUCCGCGUUACGGGAAGUUGGAACCUUCGAGAAUCGUAGACAAGGAUAUAUACUCCUAUGUGCCCCGAUGGGAAAUCACACCUUGCUUUCGUUGA